GCCUUGCAGACACCGACGUCGUGUUGCCGUGGCAUUCACGCUGCCGAGAUAUGUUCCUAUAGAACACAUCUGGGAUGUCGUGGUGGACAGCGACCACAUCCUCAAGACAACCGACAAGAACUGAUUACAGGCCGGCAAAGAAGAACAGCGUCAUAUACCACGUUUCGUCAUCAAUCGUCUGACAUGUUCUGCGAGAGUUUUUGUGUGACUUGUAUGAGUAAUGUUGGAUGUGUGUGCCUACUGUCCCUUAAAAAACUUUCUAUUUGCUUCCACACCUCAGUUCGGGCAACGGCCAUGCCAAUAUUGGUUGCUGUAUAAAUGUUGAUUUCGUUGAGAUCUUGGCCUUUUCAAUAUAUUUUACUUCUUACAUCUAUCUUGUGGGAUUUAAAGUAGACUGAUUUAGAAGUAUGGUGAAGUUUCUUUUGGCCGUCAGUUUUUAUCAGGGAUUGAAAUUUUUAAGUUUGUUCAUAUCAGUGAGAGCUAGACACUGGUCCUUUCACCAGCUGCAUAUUUGGAACACCAAAUCUAGAUCUUGGCUGCUAUAUGUGAUAAAAAGCCGAUACUAAAAAAGAACCAUUCUUUAGACUUUAGAGAAGUCAUCUUUACCUACAUCUAAUACUAAGUGGAUAAUUUCACCUUGUGUCCGAAUCUCAAAUAUCGCCAGAGAAUUACCAGUCUCGAGUAUGUGCCGAAUUCCACUGAUUUCGUUUACAUUAAAAACGUGUUAAUUUUGAACUACUUCUCUUGUGUACAGUGUGAAUAGGUGUGCUGCUUAUAAGGAGUCGCCUUUAAUAUCCAACUGACGGAGAAUGGAACGAGGUCAGCUGUCUUGUUGGGGCAUGAAGAAAGCCAUCCUCUCGACAUCACGAUUGCUGUUAAUACUGUUGACAUGCUUAUUUCUGAACUUAUUUCCUCUGGUAGGUUUCUUUACUGAUCCAAACAACCCAGAUCUGUGUUUCAUAAACUGGAAGAAUUUGCUCCUUACUGGACUCUUCUUUCUGAAACUUGUCUUCACUCUACUGAAAAGCAGAGUACGAAUGACCCUACUGCGACAUGGCCGGUGGAGAGUUUUCCUUUGUGGCGUGUUCAUUGUCGUAUCAAGUUACUUUUUUGUUGCCGUCGUUUUGGACAGGUCAGCGCUUUGGACAUGGGAAACUUUUAAGUCUAAUUACAUCAAGCGAUUAGAGGAUAGCGUCAUUGCAAUAGAUGAAACCAGGCCUGAGUUUAUGGUGCGUGAGCGCGAGAUUCCCGGCCCAGAACCCCUCAAGCUCGAGCGACACUUGCGAUAUGAGGGUGAAGAUGUAAGACUGAUAUGUAAGGACUUGCUGGUUUUCCAUGGAAUUGUAAAGUUUCACGAGAAGCAGGUGAUCUGGAAGCUUAAUGGCCAGAGAAUCGACUCAUCUCCACGUCAUCGUCGCCACAUCACAACUGUUUUUGAAAAAAAUGAUUUGAAUAGAAGUACACAAAGGUUGUCAACUACUGAUGAUAGGAAUGAAUAUCUUGUUACGUCAAAGCUUGAAAUUAAUCUAAUCGAUACUGAAGAUUUUGGAAAAUAUUCCUGUCAUGUGGCAAAAAUGGCCACAUUAGUAGCCUCAUAUGUUAGCAACAAUAAGAAAAAAACAGAUGCUGGGGAACCAAGUCAGGAUGAAGGUUAUUCGAGGGGGAAAACAUCGCACGAAUGCCCGAAUGUCCGAAAAGAACAUACUAAAUGUCCAUGUCCUCACAAGGAUUUGCCCCACUUGAACGUCCCACCCUUGCCAUACACGUGGACUGCAGAGUUCAUCGUAGAAAAAAUCAAAGCAAAGAGAAAAAGGGUGUCUGUUCCAAUUGGAGGCAUCGUGUCAACAAGUGCGUCAUAUAGUUACAUAGACGGGCCAAAUCAAAUUGACUUUGAUCAUGAAAUCAACGGACAGUCCUUUGUAAAUAUAUGCGAGGGAUUUGAUCAAUCAUGUUCCAUAUUCGUCUUCCUGUAUUGGUUCCUAUGGCAUGAUGGUGGCCAUUAUUCAAGCAUUCCUGCCUUCAAAAACAAAUUGUUAAUGGUAGAUGGCGUAGGUGGCACGAGCUGGCAAUGCGCUUGUCCUAACACAUAUGGUGUCCACAAAUUCGUCUUCUAUCGCGAGAUGUACGAUACGUCUCUUGGAAGAAACCAAAUUAUUGAAGUGGAAUACCCUGACACUAUAGAACUUGUUCCCGAGAAACCACAGCUCUUAGACUUGUAUUACAAUAGCUCAAAGGAAAUUCUUCCGUUGGGAGAGCCGCCUUGUUGGGGAAAUGUGCAAACAACAACCUGUGAUCUACUGGAGAUGUUACUUGAGAAUAUAUCCUAUAAUUUCCUUUACCGAGAAAAGCUGAUUUUCUACGGAGGAUUAACCUUUUGCAUAAUAUUGGCUUGGUUUUUCACCAGAGUGAUAUUGAAACGGGUGACAAAUCCAUGCAUCAAUAUGAUACUUGGGAGAAGACGCGUCAACAUUCAGCCAAUCCAAGGCAGAGGCACACUAGCAGGACUUGCGCCAUCAGACAACACUACUGUUAAAUACGACCUGUACAUCUCCUACGCUGACGAACAGAAGGCGAUGGCGUCUGAAAUUGCCAAAGCGCUUAUUUCGCGGGGCUUGAGAGUGUGUUUUCGAGAUAAUGAUGUUCUCGGACAUGAAAUUGUUACCCAGGCUGUUUCAAGGCUGAUCAUGGAGAGCUGGAAGUACCUCGUCAUCGUCUCACAAGAAUACGUUGACAGUGGACUUCAGAAUAAAUUUGAAAUACACCUCAUUACACAGAGGCACCGUGAUGGAUAUAUCAACAACCAAAACGUUGCUAUAUUAGCACUCAAUACAGAUUUGAUUCAAGAUGUCUUCAGCAGUUAUGUUAUUCUAAGACACUAUGAAAACAGUGAUGAUGAUUUGGAUGAUAUAUUGUUGUGGCACGGACAAUCUAUAUUCCCUAAUGAUUCAAACACCUCAGUCCGAAUUGAAAGACAACGCCUGUUCGGAAGGAACUUCGAUUGCCUUUUGCCAUUUAUUCAAACUUGUUUUUGGGUUCUUUCAUUUUGGGUAUUGUAUUUAUUUCUGGUAUCUGGUUGUAGAUUGUAACACAUACGGAAGUAUUUCUGAUUUGACUGAUUAUAUUGAAGGUGUAAUCAGUGUGCCUGAUAGACAUGUGAUUGACUUUGUGAUAAAUGCGCAUUACCGUUGAUUUAAUAACUUUCUCGUUGAUGCCUGCUUUUGCAUUCUUAAUGGACGGAAACAUGUGACAUGUGACUUUACAUAUAUAUCAGCAACAAGCGCUUCGUUUGUGGACCACGGCCCCGUACCAGUGGGAACAUAUGCAACCAUCAGCCUGAGAUGGACAAUGCCCAUUCAUAUAAUAGGGGUGAUGCAAUUAACUAUUUGGUUUAAUGUAGGCGAAAUUAGGGUAAGCCUCACCAGUUUCGCAACCAUCCCCCUGACAGUGUUCGAAAUAACUGCCUGCCCGCUAGCAAAAUGCUAGUUGACCUUUGCUCGGGCCUGUCAAAUGUUACUGGCUAGUGAUACUUGAUCAUGGAGAGGACAGCUCAAGAUUCUGACUGUGACAGGUGCUAUGAUAGUGAUGGCAGCAUCUCAGAUGCAGACAAUUAUGAUGUGGGGGAUUUUUCCAGUGAUGAUG